AUGUCCUUCCUUCCUUUUGUCUCCCAGGUGGUUCUGCUCACAUGCUUACGAAAUCUGUCCAACUCCAGGACUUCCUAUGACCGAGUUCUUUCUCCUCUAUCGGUGGAAGCCUCCAUAGAUGUUCGGGAUGCAAUCUCCCAGACACUUUAUGCUCUGCUCUUUGAUUGGCUUUUGGAGAAGGGAAAUGAUUGGCUGUUUGCUCGGGAGACUGACAGCUCAUUGGACAUUAUCGACAUCUGUGGCUUUGAGAAUCUUGGUGUUAACAGCUUGGAGCAACUAUGUCGGAACUUCGCCAAUGAGCAGAUCCAGCGUCACAGCAUAGAAAGUCUCAUCUCUCAGGAACAGGUACAUCUACCAGGUAACUUGUGGGGUAAUGAAAGUAUCUACAACAUUCUCCUUAUGCACUUCUGUUAUUUCUAUGAAACAUCGAAGGCUGAAUAUGCCAGAGAGGGUCUGUGCUGGGUGCCCUUUUCUACAGAGGGUAGCGAAUCCUGUUUGGGGCUGCUUACGGAUCGACCCCAUGGAAUUCUUCAAAUCCUAGAAGAACAGAGCAAGUUAGCCCAGGCUACAGACCACACAUUUUUACAGAAGUGUCACUAUCACCAUGGUGACAACAGCUGCUACAUCAAACCCAAACUGCCCCUACCUGUGUUCACGCUGCACCAUUAUUGUGGACCUGUAACAUACCAGGUUCAUAACUUCUUAAGUAAGAACAGAGACAGACUUCCAGAUGUUGCAAGGGAGGUCUUGGCACAGAGUCGCUUAAAGUUACUCUCUGACAUUGUCAAGAGGGAUAGCAGUGUACCCCAGCCUCAAGAGGGAAAGUCACUAAACAAAUGCCCAUAUUCUACUUUAACUGGGAGAUUCCAGCUGACUCUUCAGGAACUGACUUUUCGCCUAAAAAGGAGUCACACAUUUUUCGUUCGUUGCAUCUCCCCCAAUCCAAAAAAGCUUCCAGGUAUAUUUGAUGUGGAGUUUGUAAGUUCUCAACUGAGAAAUUCCGGUAUCCUAGAAGCUGUGCAGCUGAUAAAAGAUGGAUAUCCUAUCCGCAUUCCACUAGGACAGUUUGUAAACAGAUAUGGUCACCUUGCAGGAAGGGAAUGCACAUUCACAGAAGACAGAAAGUAUUGUGCUGCUGUACUAACCAAGAUAUUUGGUGAAUCUUCAGCUUUAUAUCAGAUUGGGAACUCAAAGGUCUUUCUAAAAGAGCGUUCCCGAGAGAUCCUACAGAGGAAAUGGGAAGAGAUUCAGAGUUUGGCUGCUCUCACGCUACAGAAAAAUCUUAGGGGAUUCCUUAACCGUAAGAAUUUUCAAGAAUAUCGCCGCAAAAUCACAGUUGUUCAGGCUCAGGUCAGGGGACGACAAGCCAGGCAGCGUUAUAGGAGACUGAAAAACACCCGAGUGCAGUUUGGAGCUGUCCUCCUGAUCUCAAGGAUUCCUUCCAUACACAGACGUAUUUGCCAGCUAAAAGCCACAGGCGAGGAGUCCCCUCCCAGCAUGGACCUGUCUGCUUUGGAUGUGCCUGCUGAACUAGCUGCUGUUUUGAACUCUGCCCAGGCAAAAUCACAUGCACAAGGAACAAGUAUCACAGAAGUACCUCCACCUCAAGUCAAGGCUCAGUGUGUUUUGUCGCUUCCUCCUGACAUAAACAAUUAUCCAUUCUCCAUCUUUAUUCGCUCCUACUUCAGGGAUCCUACCCUACCGCCUUUAGGACAACCUCUUCAGAAUCCUCUAACCCGUGUGCCACAAAAUGAUAAUGGAGUUGCACUGGAGCUAUAUAAAUUGGCCUUGCGUUUUGUGGGAAAUACAACAAUGCCCACCUGGCAGCAGAGGAUCAUUGGUAACUAUAUUGUGGAACGUUGCUUGCGCCAGCCUUCUCUUACAGAUGAGGUGCUCUGUCAAGCAGCAACUUUUACAGUACAAAAUAACAAUGAGGAGCAAAUUAAGCGAGUAGGACUAUUGCUUUCAAGCCUACUGAGCUGUCUCAUUCCUUCGCCAACACUGGAGAAACCAUUGCUUAAAUAUGUCUCGGAUCAAGGUUCUGAAGGGUACAAGGCCAUUUGCCAGAGCAAGUUACUUCGAGCAAAACAGAAUGAGUUUAAUACAUUGCGCACACAUGCCCUGACUCUGCUGGAGUGGACAGCCAAUGAAAGAAAAGGGUCAAUGGUGGUAGAUGUCUACACAUACAGUGAGGAAAAAUAUACAGCAGAAGUGGAUUCUUGGACAACGGCAGAACAGUUAGCUGGCUGGCUUCUCCAGUCCAGAGGUGUUGGUGAUAUCCCCCAUGGUUGGUCUAUUUCCAUUCUGGAUGAGAACCAGUGGCUUGAUCUUUGUGGCGAUGAUUUAUUACUCGAUGUGAUUGCUGAGAUAGAAGAUGGAGCUCCUUCUCAGCCCUUUUCUGACUAUCCUUUUGGAGACAAUGACGGGAUCCCAGAGCCUCCUCCUGAUUUUGCGCCACAACUCCCUCCUGGACAUCCUUCUUUCUCUGCACUUGAAUUACCUCCUAGUUCCCCACCAGGGCUCCCACCAGCACCUCCUCCUCCACCAGUUCCUCCACCUUUUGAAGGCUUUGGAGAUGAUAUAACAAUUCCACCAGCCCCACCAAUGCAAGCACCUUCCCUGCCACCUUCCAGACAAGACUCUGGCCUAGACCAGAUGUACUCAACAAACAUAAAUGGAGGUUCCCAAAGAAUGGAAAACUAUGUGGAUCAGCUCUUCAAUCCUGUGUUCACAUCAACAGAUUUGGAGAGAUCUGAAAACCUCAACAGGCGCAUGAAAGGUGGUGGAGGUAUUGGCCCAACAAGACAGAAUUCUUUUGGCUCUCCUGCUUAUACAGGAAUGGGUUCAAUGCCUUCAUAUGGCAUGCCAAUGAUGAAUGGAAUGAUGCCUGCAAUGGGAAACAUGCCAAUGAUGCCCAAUAUUCCAGCAAUGAUGCCUCAAAUGAUGCCUCAGACAUUAAUGCCACAAAUGAUGCCUCAAGCAGUGCCCAUGCCCCAACCAAUGGUGCAUUCUGUGGACCCUACACAGUUAGCUGCACAACAACAAGCAUUUAUACAGCAACAGGCCCUGCUUUUGGCCCAACAGAUGACACUCCAAGCAACAAUGCUGUCUCAACAGCAACAACAAAAUUUGCCUAAUACUACCAGAGCACAUUCUCCCCCUCCUAAACUGACUCCGAAGCCUGCACCAAAACCAGAAGCAGCACCAAAAUUAUCCGCUACCCCUGUACCUUUACCAAGUCCAAAAGCAGUCCCUGACCCACCUCUAGCCCCUUCUUCAAAACAAGCUCCAACAUCUAGCCCUCCUCCUCAAGUACCUAAGCCAGAGCCACCGAAGCUGCAAACUCCAGUAGAGGUGUACUGGGAUGAAGAGGCGGAAUCUGAGUAUAAAUGCCAAAGAAAAACAUUCAAGGAGAGGAGAGAAUUCUUCCAACAAAUGGUAAGUGAAGGGACUCGUGUAAAAUCACUAAAGCCUCCCUCAAAGAUCCUACUUCCAAUUCAAACAACAGAGCCUGAGAAUGACAGUGAUGAGGAACCACCAGAACCUCCUGAACCCGAACCUCAGCCAGAAAUAGCAAUGCCAAAAGCACCCCCGAUAGUGCCACCACCUGUACGCAAAACUACAGAGACUCCUGAGAAAGAGACAAAGAAAGCAGGUGGUAUCAUAAAACCAGCUCCUAGACCCGAACCCAGCCGAGAGAUAAGAGAAAUAAUCAAGAUGUUUCAGAGCCGUCCUCAUGAAGAACCUAAACCAUUUGAACCAGUCAGGAGGCCAAUACAGACCUUCAUAAAGAAGAAAGACCCCAAAGAAGAGGCUCUAGAGAGAUUAAGAAUGGCUGGGCCCCCUCCACCCCCCGAGGCUCCUAAACUAUUCAAAAGCAGUCAGGACUUGCAGGAUGGCCCAGCACCUCCUCCUCUUCCCCCUCCUCUUCCUGCUGCAGAGAAGAUGGCUGACUCUAUUCGGGAAAAGCAGAAGCCACUUAUGGGACUGUUUCAAUCUGGUUCAUCUCCUUUUGCACCAACAGAGAAGGCUCCCAAGAGCCCAGGACGAACCCUUGAAGGCGAUCACACUGCAAAAUCUUCAAUUAGCAAGCACACUGCUAGUGUCUUCUUCUCAUACAGUGAUGCCAACUGGAAAAUUUAUGUGCGGAAGGAGAUAUUCUAUCCCAAAGAAAAAUUCACUCACCCUUACUACCUGAACCUUCUAUGUCAGCAGAUAUUAAGGGACACCUAUUCAGAGACCAGCUUUAAAAUAACUCGUGAGGAAAGAAGAAAGAUGAGAGAUUUUUUAAAUGAGUUCCAGGUUGGAAGUGAUGCCAAUUCUAUCCUAGAAGAUUCCUUCAAGAAACGUAUUGUCAUAGCUGCCCGGGAUAACUGGGAAAAUUACUUUUCUCGCCUGUUUCCUGUAACUCUGGAUGAUAAUGUUGACCAGCUUAUCAUAGGAGUUUCCCACAGAGGUUUCAGGCUUUUGAAAGAAGUGAACGCAACAGGAAUCCAGAAAAGACAUCUGAAGACACUGUGUAGUUAUAGUUUUGCAGAUAUUCUCUCUAUUGAGAAGCCUGAUUCUCAUUCACUGCACUUUAAUCUGCGUAAUGAGGAUCUGCGGGUGCACUCUGACCAUGCUCAGGCUCUAAAGAUUUUACUAGAGAUCUUCUUACAAGAGCUAAUGAAGGACUCAAACCAUGUGGUUGCCCUGCGUAGUCAUAUAACUGAUGACAAGAGUCUUCUUCAAUUCAAAAAAGGUGACAUCAUCAAAGUGUUGCCAAUGGAUGGACUAGAACCAGGGUGGCAGUUUGGUUCCCUUGGGGGUCGUUCUGGUCUUUUUCCUUCUCGAUUUGUACAACCAGCUGCUGUCCCUGACUACUACAGUGUGGUGGAGAAGACAGACACCUUGGAAAGUAGACCUAAACCCCGUGGGCUCCGGAGGACAAUAAGCAAAGAGAGUGGUCAGGUGAGCGAAGAGUCCUUACCAACAUACAGCCCUCCACCUCCAAUCUUGGAAGCCACACAUUACACUAUGGUUGAGUUUGCCUUGAAAUAUUUUCGGGAUGCACAGACCAUGCUUGGUUGGAAAGGAAUGGCUGCUGAAGGAAAGAAAUCAAUUGAGUUGGUGCAACAUACAAAGGUUCCAAUUCAAGAGUCUUUGAUUUAUUACACAGAUAAAGAGCUGAACGAGAUGGCAACUAAUAACUUUAUGACUCUGAUGAGAUUUAUGAGGGACCAGCAGUACAGGGAGCCAGAUGACGUGAAGUGUAUUUAUGAGAUUCUAGUGCUCUGCAGAGAAAAACCUCCUCUGAGAGAUGAGAUCUACUGCCAAAUUUUAAAGCAAAUUACUGAGAACCCUAAACAUGAGAGCUGUAACAGAGGCUGGACACUAUUGAGCCUUCUUACUGGAUACUUCAUCCCUACCCCCACAUUGCUGCCAUGUGUCACCAAGUAUCUGCAAGAGACCAGUGACAUUUAUCAAGAGAUCUCUCGGAGCUGUCAGGAACACCUUCGCCACACAUUGUUGUAUCAUGGACGCAAGCAUCUCCCACCGCGCCAAGAGCUGGAAGCACUCCUGAACGGACGAAUCUCUCGACGACUUGUCAUCGUUUUACCAGGGGGAAUUGAAUACACAACAAAAAUCAAGACAUUUACUGUUGCAGCCGACCUUGUACUGGAAAUCUGUGAGCAGCUGUUGGUCACAGAACCACGAGAAGUGGAAGAAUUUGCUGUAUUUGCUAACAAAAAUAAAGGGGAAGUGGUGCGUCCCAUGCGUGCUGGGGACUAUAUCCAUGAUUUCCUUCUCCAGGACAACUCUGUGACGCUGGAAUUUAGAAGAGUUACAUGGAAAGCCACUUUGAAGGGGCGCAGUGAACUAUUUGUGCAAGUACAUUACAGCCAGGUAUAUUAUGAUUACAUGCAAGGAAAAGCUUUGUUAUUGAGCCCACCAGAUAAGCUGGAGAUGUACACUGGGAAAGUGGCUGCUAUUCUGCAUCGGAUAAAGGGAAUAAGCACUCCUCCAGAUAAACAAGAUUUGCUGGGAUACAUUCCUUUGUCUGUGCAGAAUCGUCUGAAUCUACAGACUGUGCAGCAAAACCUCCUACAGGAGCUGAGGACUUUGCAGAGUCUCAAUGUCGAUCAGGCCAAGCUGCGGUUUUUAGAAACUGUAUCUGCACUUCCACUCUUUGAUUACAAUAUAUACCAAGUAAAAAGGAUCAGCGAGCCUCACAUUCUCACCCCUUGUUUCGUGGCUGUUAACCAUCAACAAUUUCUCAUACUACAAAACAACAGUACGCAACCAAGCAUCACUGUCAAUCUACAUGAAGUACACAGUAUGCGCACCAUGCGCCCUCUGGAUAGCAACACACUUCCAGGAGUGGAGCUACACUAUGGCACAGCUGCUGAUCCUCACACGCUGUGGAUUGAACUCCAGGAGGCCAAAGAGCUGUACCAUACAAUGGCCUUAAUCAUAGAGACCCAGGAAACCGCUGCCCCCUGAGCACAAAACCUUUUGAUAUAUUAACCUAAGUUAUUUCCUAGCUAAUGAUUCUCCUGAUCUAAAGUAAAUGACUGCAUGUAAAGAUUAUUCUUCUACAAAAGUAUGCACAGGACUGAAAACACCCUCGGUGUCCUUAAAGUGUUAAAAGUGUCUCACUGGGCUUGGAUCAGUUGUGCAAAUCUGCAAAUUCUGUUCUUUACUCUAAAGAUAACUAUGGACAAUCUCAGCUAUGGAUAUUAAAACUAAAGUGUAAUUUUAUUGUUAAACUAAUGUCUAUAGCCAAUUAUUAAUUGUUGGUAAUGUCCAAUGCCCCUGAUCUAGCUAUACUCAGAUGUCAAAAGGAAUACAAGGAGGAUCUCCUUUUUAUAAAGCUGACCAAAGACACAAAACUAGUAAUCAUCCCACCAAGAAUGAAUGACGGACUCAUGUCCAAAGCUUUAACAGAUUAUCUUCACAACUGCUCUGCUUGAGGAUGCCAUGACAAGAAAGGGUUAAAGCUGGAAAUGACUGGCUAUUGGAAACUUAGCAUUCUGAUAAAUUAAUAAUACUGUAGGGGGCAAGCUGAUCACUGG